UGCCUGGUACUCAGAAAAACAAAACAACCAGCUGUUGCUGCUGAAAGAAUUCCAAUUCCGUUCCGUUACGUUUCGUUUCGUUCCGUUCCGUUCCGUUACAUUCCAUGGGCUUUCCGGUCGGGUAUUCGGAGCUCUUCCUUCCAAAGCUCCUCUUCCACGCAUUCUCCCUUCUCACUCUCAUCAGACGGCUCAUCUCCGCCUUCUUCCGCCGCAUCGGCAUCGUCGAUUUCCUCGAUUCCGACAUCACAUGGCCCGAUCGCUCCGAUCACCUUCCAGAGUACCAGUCCGUCUCAGCGAUGCUGAUCAGAGAGAUCCUGCCCGUCGUCCGAUUCGAUGAAUUAGGCCAUGACGAAAUGCCGGACAGUUGCGCCGUCUGCCUCUACGAAUUCCAGGCUUCUGAAGAGAUCCGACGACUCACGAACUGCCGCCACAUAUUCCACCGCAGCUGCCUUGAUCGAUGGUUGGAUCAUGAUCAGAAGACAUGUCCGCUCUGUCGGACGGGUUUCAUCCCGGACGAGAUGCAGGAGGCUUUCAACGAGCGGCUCUGGGCUGCUGCCGGGAUCCCAGAUUUCUACGGUGAGUAUUCGGUGUCAUCCUCUUUGGAAUUGUAGCUGUGGUGUUCGAUGGAGGGACGAGCGAUUGGGACGAUGAAAUGUAUAUACUUCUCUGAGAAAUGUAAGUUCGGAGAUUUGUGCUUUGUAUAGCUCUGAGAAUCUUAGAAAUCGAAUCUCAUAUAGUCCUCUUUCUGCA